AUGCGCGAUGAUACACGGGAAUCAAGCAGCGUCAACAUUGAAACAUUCCGUGACAAUGCCGAAGUACUAGCAUCGGACGAAGCACAAGAACUCGACCCUCAACUCUCUGAACAGGAAAGCGAUACCGCCGACACAAACGGUAAGAAACGGCAGUGGGUUAGAGAUGGGUGACCCGCCCAGACGACCUGAUCGUCUGAUAGCUAGUCUGUGUGUUAAAUUGUUAAUCGAUAAAAUACAGCUAAUUCAAAAAAGGUUGUUCUUUACAAACCUUACUAAGUUCAACAUUUUUAUUUUUCGAUACGUUUCUCAAUCGGCAAACAAACUUAAAAAGUAUGUUUAGUGCCUUAUCUGUAAAAUAAUGCUAAAAUGAAGAGAUUUUAGAUGAUACGCCAAAGAGAAAAUGAUGUCUGAAGUUCAGUAAGUUUUGCUAAUAUGGCUUAAAUAUGCAUGGCGUCAAUUUUAAAGCAUCAUUGAUAAUUGUAUUUUAAUUGACAAUUUUUAACUAUUAUUUUAUGUUUCUCAACCGGCAGAUGCAUUUAAAAAGGUAGAUAACUGUAUAAACUAGAGAAUAAAGCAAAAACAAAGCGAGGAACGCCAAAAAGGUUUUAGGCUUUGAACACUUUUCAUUGUAAAUACGUGACAUUGAAAAAAAUUGCCUCUUAAGAUACAUAAGAAAAAAUUGAACCAUGCAAUUAUAAAUCUCUUUUGUCUAUUUUCAAAACUUUUCAGAAUCGACACCUUUACCUACCCCGCCUGAAGAUAACCCUACUCCCCACAACACUCCACUCCCAUAG